CAGAAAUAUAGUUGUAUAUUGUUUUGCAAUGGCAGUUCUUGGGGAUGCGCUUCGGCAAGCCUUUAUGCCGAAGCACGAGUACCAGAGUCUUCGAGAGGAAGAUAGAGCUUGGCUAAGAUUGCAGAGACCCUUUUUGCUUUGUAUUUUGGUAUUAAUUGCACUUGGAAUUGUGAUUUCCACGUUGAUUAGCUUGAAUAUAGUGUUUCCGAAGGAUAAUGGAAAGAGGCCGUUCUGUAGUAAUUUUCGGCUUCAGCCGCUCUCGAUUAAUGUUAGCGCCACUCGUGGUGGUGGAGGAAAUGGAGGUGAUUCGGAUCUUUUUCCGGGGGCGUUUUAUUUGACGGAUCAGGAAACCGUGAAUUAUUACUGGAUGGUUGUGUUCGUUCCCUCGGCUAUGGUUUUCCUGGCCUCGGCCAUUUAUCUUGUUUCAGGGAAGCCGGCUCCUGAAAGGGGUUCAGAGGAUUUGGCAUGUGGUUCUACUAUGGCUUGUGUGGAGCGAGUGCAGCUAAACGGGAUAGAGAGCUUUUGCGGGGGCUGA